UUUGAAAAUUUUAACGAAUUGACUUAUCAUGAAACAUGAUGGUAAGAACAUUAUCUAAUUUAGAAUAUUUAGAUAUUUGAAAUAUUUUGAAAAUUUUAUCAAGCGCAGAAAAUACCGGCAUAUACAUUCAGUGAAAAUUUCAUGUAUCUACGGUGUUUUGGUUCAGAGUUGUACCAAUGUCUAAAUUCAAUUUUUUCAAAAACUAAUUUUCGGUAAAAUUUUAUUUUUUGUUUUUCCCGGUGCUUUUAAAAACUACUGGCAAGUGGCAGUAUCAAAUUUUGACCUCCCCUACGCACAACUCAGCACAAGCUAGAUUCACUUUCCAACCGGAAGAGGUACUGAGUUGAUAAUCGAAGCAUUAUCUCGACAAAAAAACACACUUCAUUGUAAAAUCAACACAUUCAUCGUUCCGCUCAGAAUCUAAAAUUUGGUAUUGCGAUAUACGUUUUUGGAUCUUUGCUCGAUUGCCGUUUGACUGUAUUGAGUCAUCGACACCGAGUUACCUACUGUUAGGUACCUUACUACCGACUACUGUCCUACAUACAUACUAAGUGAAGUCCAUCGGUCGGACUCGGACAGGUAUUACGUUAAUUAGGUACCUAACUGAUUUGUUGCAAGCUUGAAACUACAAUACGGUAUACACAAAAUAUAUUCACAAUCACUGUGCCACUGUGUCAGAGUCGAAUGAAAUAGAAUAUGGAUUCGAUGAUGCUAAAUAAUAAAAUGUAUCUCCUGGAUGGCAGCUUUAUCAGUGGUGUAACACCUUAUGUAGAUAUUGACAGUGUUAUAAAACAUCCACUUUGGGGAUCACAUUUGCUUUUAAACAACGAAGAUGCUGUUAUUUGCGGCCAUAAAGAUUACAUUAGAGCUGGAGCCGAUUUUUUGACCACCAUAACAUACCAGGCUAGCAUUGCAGGCUUUCAAAAAUAUUUAGAUCUAGAUUAUGAUCAGAGUUUUGAAUUGAUUAAGAAAUCUGUAAUGAUUUGUCGCCGGGCAAUAAUAGAAGAAAAUGCAGAACGCAAUAUACAAAUAAUGGGAUCUAUUGGUCCAUAUGGCGCAUCAUUACGCGAUUGUUCAGAAUAUAAUGGUAAUUACAUAGACACCAUAAAUUUAAAAGAAUUAUAUGACUGGCAUAAACCUCGAAUUCAAGCAUUGGUGGAGGCUGGAGUCAAUGCAUUGCUUUUUGAAACCAUACCUUCUGUUGUCGAGGCUACUAUUUUACUAAACAUACUGACUGAAUUUCCAAAUCAAAAAGCAUGUUUAUCAUUCUCUUGCAGGGACGGCAAUCAUUUGAGUCACGGUGAAACAUUUGCAAGUGCUGUUGAAUUAUUCUGGACAAACGAUUACCGUAAACAGUUAAUUGCCAUUGGUAUGAAUUGYUUACACCCAAAAUUUAUUACACCACUUUUGAUGUCUGUAAAGACUAAAAAUGUUAAUUUUAUUGUYUAUCCAAAUGGAGGUGGUAUAUGGGAUAACGCUCAAAAUUGUUAUGAUGAUACUCAAAUAUAUAAAGUUUCUAUUGAUGAUCUUAACAUAUGGAAUAAAAGAGGAUUAAAAAUAUUUGGAGGCUGUUGUAAAACUGAUGCUAUUGAAAUAGCACGUCUGAGAAGUUUAAUAGAUAAUCAACUUUUAUAAUGCAAUUUUAAUAAUUUUAAUGCUUGAAUUUUUUUUUUUUUAUCCUUGUC